UUCCUCCAUUUUGUUUUAAAGCGUUGGUGCAUAGUUACAUGUUGUCGGCGUCUACUCCCGUUUAAUUUGGAAAAAAAAUCGUUUUUACAGCAAAAAACUGAUAAAAAAUGGGAAAACCCACUAAACCGGCCGCUGACGGAAGCGAUAGCAGCGAAGAAGAAUACUCCGUCGAAAGAAUCAUCAAUCGCCGGAUAAACAAGGGCAAAGUCGAGUACUUCUUGAAAUGGAAGGGCUACAGCGAAGAGGACAACACAUGGGAGCCCGAAGACAACUUGGACUGUCCCGAUUUGAUCGAGGAAUUCGAGAAAAACAGGCGGGCCAACAAGGAUAGGGCUAGUAGUAGCAGCAGUGGUAAGGACAAGGACAAGAAACGGUCCAGGAAGGAUUCGGUUGACUCUGAUGAUGAAGAUGACAAAAAGAAGAAGAAAGCCAAGAGUCCAGCAUUGGACUCGGACGACGAGCCCCAGAGCAAAAAAUCCAAAAAAGACGAAGAAAACGAGUCGCAAAAAAAGACCGACUCGGACGUCAGCGACGACAAAUCGAAAUCCAAAAAACGCCGAUCGGAAUCCAAGCCGCAAUCGAAAAAAGACGACGACAAAAAGAAGAAACGCAUGGUUGCCGCGCUGACGACAGCCGGGAGCAAACUCCCUGAACCAGAGUCCAACUCCGAAGAUGACGCUCCUAAAUCCAAAAAGAAGCACAAAGAUGAAGAACCCGAAAGAGAUUCCGAUGAGGAAAAUGUUUCCACUAAAGAUAAAAAGAAACGCAAUAAGGAAAGCAAGGAUUCGCUUCGCGGCAAAGUUGUUAAAAAGUCUGGAUUUGAAAAAGGCCUGGAAGCUGAAAAGAUUAUUGGUGCUUCAGACUCUACUGGUCAAUUGAUGUUUUUGAUGAAGUGGAAAAACACUGACGAGACGGAUUUGGUUGCCGCCAAAGAGGCCAACACUCGCUGUCCUCAAGUUGUCAUCGCUUUCUAUGAGGAAAGGAUCGCUUGGCAUACGCCAGAAGAAGACGAGCCUUAAAUGUACUUGUACAAUGUUUUAUUAUUUUAUUCUUUUUUAAAGAGAUCCUUCUAUGUUUAUUUAGGUUUAGGUUUUUCGGUAAUAUCACUUGGCGCCUGAUUUUGAAAUAGAAAAUCUCACUAGUAACUUUUUUUUAAAUGUUGGUCUUUGCUUUAAUGUUUUGAGAAUCAGGUGCGACAGGUCGACUUUUAGAAAUAUGAUUACUGGUUUGCUCUUAACUGAAUUAAUACUGUUUUUAUUUUGAGACUUGGAUGUGACAGGUCGACACAAAAAUAUUGUUUUGAGUCAACUGAAUCAAUACUUUUCUUAUUUUUAAUUUGAGUAAAAUUUAUAAUAUCUUGGAU